CCGCGAGCGCGGGGUGUCAUGGCGGCCUGCAGGCAGUGCUGCUCGUGUCUGAGGCUCCGGCCGCCGGGCUGCGGUCCCCUCGGUCCCCUCGGCCGGCCCGGGCGGAGUCGGCCGCCCAUCUAUUUGCAGGCGCGAGCGCUGUGGAGCAGCAUCGGGUCCCGAACGGUGGCCGUGGACCUGGGCCACAGAAAAUUAGAAAUAUCCUCUGGAAAACUGGCAAGAUUUGCAGAUGGCUGUGCAGUGGUACAGUCAGGCGACACAGCAGUGAUGGUCACAGCGGUCAGUAAAACAAAGCCUUCACCCUCCCAGUUCAUGCCCCUGCUGGUUGACUACAGACAGAAGGCUGCUGCAGCAGGUAGAAUCCCUACAAACUACCUUAGAAGGGAGAUUGGCUCUUCUGACAAAGAGAUUCUUACAAGUCGAGUAAUAGAUCGUUCAAUUCGACCUCUCUUUCCAGCUGGCUAUUUUUAUGAUACUCAGGUAAUAUGUAAUCUGCUAGCUGUAGAUGGCAUCAAUGAACCCGAUGUCCUAGCAAUUAAUGGUGCUUCUGUAGCCCUCUCCUUGUCAGACAUCCCUUGGAAUGGACCUGUCGGGGCAGUACGAAUAGGAAUGAUUGAUGGAGAAUAUGUUGUUAACCCGACAAGGAAAGAGAUGUCUUCUAGCACUUUAAAUUUAGUGGUUGCCGGAGCACCUAAAAGCCAUAUUGUUAUGCUGGAAGCCUCUGCAGAAAACAUUCUACAGCAGGACUUCUGUCAUGCUAUCAAAGUUGGAGUGAAGUAUACCCAGCAGAUAAUUCAGGGCAUCCAGCAGUUGGUAAAAGAAAUUGGUGUUGCCAAGAGGACACCCCAGAAGAUAUUCACCCCUUCACCAGAGAUUGUGAAGUAUGCUCACAACCUCGCCGUGGAGAAACUCUAUGCAGUUUUUACGGAUUAUGAACAUGAUAAAAUUUCUAGAGAUGAAGCUGUUAACAAGAUAAGACUAGACACAGAGGAGCAACUAAAGGAAAAAUUUCCAGAGGUCGACCAAUUUGAAAUAAUAGAAUCCUUCAAUGUUGUUGCAAAGGAGGUUUUCAGAAGUAUUAUUUUGAAUGAAUACAAAAGGUGUGAUGGACGGGAUUUGACUUCACUUAGGAAUAUAAGUUGUGAGGUAGAUAUGUUUAAAACACUUCAUGGAUCAGCAUUGUUUCAAAGGGGACAGACACAGGUACUCUGUACUGUUACAUUUGAUUCAUUAGAAUCCAGUAUUAAGUCAGAUCAAAUUAUAACAGCUAUAAAUGGGGUAAAAGAUAAAAAUUUCAUGCUGCACUAUGAGUUUCCUCCUUAUGCAACCAAUGAAAUUGGCAAAGUUACUGGUGUAAAUAGAAGAGAACUCGGGCACGGUGCUCUUGCUGAGAAAGCUUUGUUUCCUGUUAUUCCCAAAGAUUUUCCUUUUACCAUAAGAGUCACAUCUGAAGUCCUUGAGUCAAACGGGUCAUCUUCUAUGGCAUCUGCAUGUGGUGGAAGUUUGGCAUUAAUGGAUGCAGGGGUCCCAAUUUCAUCUGCUGUUGCAGGUGUAGCAGUGGGAUUGGUUACCAAAACCAAUCCAGAGAAAGGGGAAAUAGAAGAUUAUCGUUUGCUGACAGAUAUCCUGGGAAUUGAAGAUUACAAUGGUGACAUGGAUUUCAAAAUAGCCGGUACAAAUAAGGGAAUAACUGCAUUACAGGCUGAUAUUAAAUUACCUGGAAUACCAAUUAAAAUUGUAAUGGAAGCCAUUCAGCAAGCAUCAGUGGCAAAGAAGGAGAUAUUACAGAUAAUGAACAGAGUAAUUUCAAAACCUCGAGCAUCUAGAAAAGAAAAUGGACCAGUCGUAGAAACAAUUAAAGUUCCAUUAUCAAAACGAGCAAAAUUUGUUGGACCGGGUGGAUAUCACAUAAAAAAACUUCAGGCUGACACAGGUGUAACAAUUAGUCAGAUUGAUGAAGAAACCUUCUCCAUAUUUGCACCAACACCUAGUGCAAUGCAUGAGGCAAGAGACUUCAUUAGCGAAAUUUGCAGAGAUGAUCAAGAGCAACAGUUAGAAUUUGGAGCAGUUUAUACCGCUACAAUAACUGAAAUCAGAGACACUGGCGUAAUGGUAAAACUGUACCCAAACAUGACUGCUGUGCUACUUCAUAACACGCAACUUGACCAGCGAAAGAUUAAACACCCCACUGCCCUAGGAUUAGAAGUUGGUCAAGAAAUUCAGGUCAAAUACUUUGGCCGUGAUCCAGCUGAUGGAAGAAUGAGGCUUUCCCGCAAAGUCCUUCAGUCUCCAGCUAUAACUGCUGUCAAAACUCUAAAUGAUAGAAGCAGCAUUGUAAUGGGAGAGUCUAUGUCACAGUCAUCAUCCAACUCUUCCCCUUGACUCCUGUUGGAAAUGGUAUUCAACAGUGAUAUUCUGCAAAGCAAACUUUAAUAGUCCCGUUUAAUGUGUAGAUUUCUAUAUAAUUUAAUGUUUGUAUUAAAAUGCUCUUUUCUGUAGGUGGAGUUUUCUGUAUUGCUAGCCAGUUUCCAAAUGACAACAUAGAGACUUACUAUUAAUUGUGAAAACUCAGCCAAUAGCUUACGCUUGUUUUUAGCUAGCUCUUAUAACUUAACCCAAUUCUAAUCUGUGUGCUGUCCAGAAGCUUAUUUACCUCUUCUACAUAAUAUCCAUCCUGCUUUCCAGCUUUUUCCAUGUCUCCUCCCAACUCCACCCUCUACACAGCAUCCUUUGUACCUGGAAAUCCUGCCUACCUAUUAGCUGUUCAGCUCUUUAGUAAAUCAGUCCAAGUGGUAUAUCUUCACAAUGUACGAAAAGAUUAUUCUACAGUACAUUUCAUGUGCCUUUUUUAUUUCAGGAUCAACCUAUAUUUGCCUUAUUUAUAUUAUAAAACCAAUAAAUAUUUAUUAUUUAAAGUAAUCUAUUUUUAGGGGGCUGUAGAGAGGGCUCAGAGGUUAAGAGCACUGCUUGCUCUUCCAAAGGUCCUGAGUUCAAUUCCCAGCAAUCACAUGGUGGCUCACAACCAUCUGUAAUGAGAUCUGGUGUCCUCUUCUGGCCUGCAGGCAUAUAUGCAGGCAAAACAGCAUAUAUAUAAGUAAAUAAAAAGCUAUUUUUAUAUCUUAGGACAGAUUACCUUUUUGUUUCUUUAAUUGUAAACUACUGAAAAAUAAUUGAUCAUGUAUGCUCUCCUAAGGCUCUUUUCCUCUGCCUUCCUUCUCAUGUUUGUUAAUGGCCAUUCUCCCUUAGGCAUCUUAUGGCUCCCCUUUACCCAGCAACUGUGCCUAGCUGCUGCUGUUUUGCAUACUAGAACUUGCCAUUUUGAAAGCCAGAACCUUUUCUUCACCGUAAUUACACAUUUAAUUGUCAUUGAGGGAGCUAAUUUGGUUCCAUUUUUAAUGGUAUGCCUUUCACAAAACCAUAAAUAUAGUGAGAUGAAUCUUAUAAAUGGGUUUCUCACUAGAGUGAUUUUUUUUUUCUUGGUUUUUCAAGACAGGGUUUCUCUGUGUAACAGCCCUGGCUGUCCUCAAACUCACAAAGAUCCACCUUCCUCUGCCUUUCUGAGUGCUGGGAUUAAAGGUGUGCACCACCAUGUCCAACUGUUUUAAUUACCUAAAUAUAAAAGAUACCACUAGAGUCAUUCUUUGUGUGUAUAUAAUUGCCACUGUGUGGAUAUAUUUUGUAUAUAUUUUUGGUAUAAGAGCUGAAGGAACCAUUAUUUAUGUAAUGUCAUGUUCAGUGUCCUAUUUUUUUUCUUUAGACAAGGUCUCAUUAUGUAGCUUUAGAUAGCCUGGAACUCAUUAUACCAGGCUGGUCUAGAACUGACAUCUACCUGUCAGACCCUAGAGUCCUACAAAGGCAUGUGUCACCAUACCUUGCUCAUUGCCAUAAUUUAAAACAUGCUACUAGUCCACAAAAAAAAAAAAAGCAGAUACUACAUAAUUUAGACUGUCUAAUCCUUUUAUAAUUCUUAUAAAAUAUAUGUGAAUUCUUACUCAGGGCUAAGUCAUAAGCUGUUAAAUAUGUGUCUGUCCAAGCCAAAUACUUUUAAGGUACAUUUAUAUGUAAGUCGACAAACAUUAUUCUGUGUAAAAGAGCAUAUUAAACAGCACCGAUACCCUUUCUGAAUUAGUGAAAGGAACUGGAAAUUAAAAAUUAAAUUUGAUUUCUA